AGUACUGCCGAACGGAGCAGACCUCCCAUUGUGCGCUUCUCAGCGCUUAUCUUCCAUCCGGCGGUGGAAGCAACGCGGCAACCACGCAUCUCUCUGGGUGUUCUAGAGGAACCAGUGGCAUGGGUGAUGGUUCCAAGAUGAUAUUGCGAUGGCUGCUGCUGACGUUGGCCGUGGCUGCGGUGUCAGGAGACCCUUACUACCGCGCCAGCACGCCCCGGACCAGACACUGGCCUCGGAUGCGAGACGACAGAGCUAUUUCACAAUUUGUUGGUCCACACGUGUGUCGAUCCCGCAACAGUACGCAUUGCUGUCCAGGGUGGACGUCAAGGCCGAACUCUCUACUAUGCGUUGUUCCACUUUGCCGGACGGACUGCGGGUCUCCAGGGGCCUGUAUAGGCCCCAACAUGUGUCGGUGUCCAGGAGGCGUUGAGGCUCCCAGUUGUAACCCCAAUGGAUACCCUUAUAUGAAUGCCCGAACGCGCGGUGGGUGUCGUCGCAUCUGUAUGAAUGGUGGGACUUGCACCAACGGAACCUGCGCCUGCGCACCUGGCUGGAGCGGGGAGUUCUGUACUGAACCAAUCUGUCGCGAGCCAUGCCUCCACGGCGGACGGUGUAUCGCUCCGGACCGCUGCGUCUGCUUCCACGGUCUGUCUGGUACCCGCUGCGAAAUCGAUCGACGAACUGGACCAUGUUACACCGACACGCGAGGAGCUCUUUGCACCGGUGCUUUAGAAGGAGUGAUGUGUACUAAAGGGCUUUGUUGUGCGACCGUGGGCGUUGCUUGGGGCCAUCCGUGCGAACGAUGUGGGGAGCUGGACUGCCCUGUGGGACAUAUAAGGAAUCUGGCUACCAAGGAGUGUCAGGAUAUCGACGAAUGCGCCGCCGUGCCCGGUCUGUGUUCAGGAGGCCGGUGCGUCAACUCCAUCGGCUCCUUCUCCUGCGAGUGUCCCCCUGGACAGAGGAGACAUCACAUCUCUAAUAACUGCGAAGAUGUCGACGAGUGUGAGGAUCCCGACAUUUGUCCGAAUGGAAAAUGUGUGAACACUGAUGGUGAUUAUUACUGCCACUGUGAUCCACAUUUUAUUCCGAGUCCAGAUAAGAAAUUCUGUAUUGAUGGCAGAGUCCGCACGUGCUACUCAUACCUCAGCGAGACCGGCGAGUGUGCCGACGCCCUGACGAUGCCGCUCUCCAACCGCGACUGCUGCUGCGGAUACAACAUGGGCCGAGCCUGGGGAGACAUGUGCACUCCUUGCCCUCCCAGAGGGUCCACUGAAUGGUCACAUUUGUGCGGCGGCGGCAUCAUUCCUAAUAUUUGGAAGCGCAAUCAAACCAACGGUGGCGGUGGAGGUGGAACUGGCGGUGGUGGUUUAGACUACGACGAUUUGACUGGAGGGGAGCAGCCGCCACCGAAAUUGGCUAAAAUCAACGAGUGUAUGUUGAGAAGUGGAAUUUGUAACCUUGGAGACUGUGUCGAUAAAGAUAUUGGAUACGAAUGCAACUGCUGGCCUGGCGCUGAGAAGACAGAGAAUGAUGGCAACCCGAGCUGUAUCGACAUUGACGAGUGCGCACUCGAAUAUUGCAAAGGUGGACAUUGUGUUAACACGCCCGGCUCUUUCGAAUGCAAAUGCCCACCUGGAUACGACCCCGUGGAAGGAGGUCAACGUUGCAGCGACCAAAACGAAUGCGAGAUGACCCACGGAGGCAUGUGCACCAACGGCGAAUGUAAAAGUUAUGGUAACAGAUACGAAUGCGUGUGUAACCCUGGCUUCGAGUCCACUCACACCGGCAACGCGUGUCAGGACGUGGAUGAGUGUCGCGACAACCCCAAUGUGUGUCGACACGGUCACUGCAGGAAUACGCCAGGUUCUUACGAAUGUCAGUGCGAUGUGGGAUUCGAGACUACCGCUGGAGGAUACUGUGUGGAUAUCGACGAGUGUUCAGAUAGAAGCUUGUGCAAGGGCGGUCGUUGCGUAAACAACGAAGGUUCGUUCCAAUGCGUGUGCGAAGCGGGCUACCGGCCGACGCCCGAGCGCGGCGCGUGCGUCGACGUGGACGAGUGCGCCGAGCACCCCGACCUCUGCAGGAACGGCCGCUGCCACAACACGCCCGGCUCCUUCAAGUGCGAGUGCAGCGCGGGCUUCACGCUUAGUAAUGAUGGCAGGACUUGUCUUGAUGAGAUUCAAGAUUUGUGCUACGAAAAAUAUGAAGAUGGUCAUUGUUCUGGACCUGGUUCUACCCCAGUUACGAGAUCUCAAUGUUGCUGUAGCUCUAGUAAAGGCCUCCAUUUAGGUUGGGGAGUUUCAUGCAAAGAGUGUCCAAGACACGGAACCAAAGAAUACGAAGUCCUAUGUCCAUCUGGUCCCAGCAAAGACAACGGUGGGGCAGACAUCAAUGAAUGUACUAUGAUCCCCGGCAUUUGCCAACAUGGAACUUGCGAGAACCUCGAACCCGGGUACAAAUGUAUCUGCGACCCUGGUUACCAUUCCGAUGGAGACAAUAUUUGUAGGGAUAUCGAUGAGUGCGACAUGUAUCAGUCGCACUGCACGGGCGGCCAGUGCCGCAACACGAUGGGCAGCUUCACGUGCGUCUGUCCGCCCGGCACCAGGUUCGAGCCCGACGAACAGAUCUGCCGAGACAUAGACGAGUGUGAGGGUGAGGUUAUUUUCAUCGUCAGGGAUUAUGACCGGGGCGACAUCCCCCCCAUGUACCCCGGCACUGCAGAGCUGACCAACCCCUGCGACAACGGACGUUGUAUCAACACUCAUGGAAGUUAUGAAUGCGAGUGUGAACAUGGAUUCGUAUUGGACGCGACGGCGCAACACUGUCUUGACAAUCGUCGCGGGUCCUGUUGGCGUCGAGUGGUGGAUGGUCAGUGUGAGGCGGCGUCUCCGCUGCCGCUGCUGCGCCAGGAGUGCUGCUGCAGCGUGGGGCUGGCGUGGGGGUCGCCCUGCGAGACCUGCGAGCCUGAGCACUGCCCGUGCGAGAAGGGAUUCGCUAAGUUUGAUGGAGCAACCUGCCGCGAUGUGGACGAAUGCAAGCUGGACCCCGACCUCUGUAUCGGCGGGAAGUGUGUCAACACUGACGGCUCCUACCACUGCGAGUGCCCACAUGGACUGACCCUUGAUUCUACUGGUAACCGCUGCAUGGACACACGAGUUGAGUACUGCUACACAGAUUACAUCGGCGGUCGCUGUGUGAACCCUCUCAGAGAAGUACACAAGACUGUCUGCUGCUGUUCAGCGCUGGGCAAAGCCUGGGGAGAUAGCCGCUGUGAACCUUGUCCUAAGAAAGGAACGGACUCGUAUCGAAAUCUAUGCAUGAACACAGACACCGUGCUAGGUCCGUCAGGUCCUGGCGACAGCAGACCCUACGGCAAGAACGACAACAUGACAGACCUCUUUAAAGACCUGGAGUUCCCUCCGACGUCUAUUGAUGGGUAUCCUCACAGACCAGGAGGUGGAAAUAUGAAUGACAGCUUUUGGAAUUCAGUGGACGGCAACUUCAUACCAGGUCACGUGGAUGUGAACGAGUGCUCAGCUUUCCCUGGUCUUUGUGGUCACGGCCGCUGCAGGAACCUAAUGGGAUCAUUCACAUGUGAUUGUUAUAGAGGAUACGAAAAGGGACCCAAAAACCACUCGUGCGUGGACGUGAACGAGUGCGAAAUAAUCGAUGACGUGUGCGGCUCGGGCGAGUGUCGCAACACGGAGGGCAGCUUCACGUGCCACUGCCACCCCGGACACAAGUCCAGCGAGCUCUCCAAAGUCUGUGUCGACAUCGACGAAUGUGAAGAAACCCCAAGCCUGUGUCGCGGCGGCCGCUGUGUCAACACUCCCGGGUCCUUCCGCUGUGAAUGUGGAGCUGGCAUGGAGCUGGCGCCUGACAGGCUCUCUUGCAAGGAUGUGGACGAGUGCUCUAUUACAAGUGGUAUUUGCAGCAACGGCGCCUGUGAGAACCUGAUGGGCACGUACCAAUGCGUGUGCGACGAAGGUUACGCGCAGUCCACGGUGAAGUCCCACUGUGAGGACAUCGACGAGUGUUCCGAGGACUCCACCAGAUGCCAGCACGAGUGCAUCAACACACCUGGAUCUUAUCACUGCACUUGCAGAGACGGCUGGCACUUGCGCGCGGACGGGCGCACGUGCCGCGACGUGGACGAGUGCGCGGGCGGCGCGCGCGUGUGCGGCGGCGGCGAGUGCCGCAACACGCCCGGCUCGUACCGCUGCACGUGCGGCGACGGGCUGCUGCCCUCCGACGGCGGCAAGCCUACGUGCCAGGACGUCGACGAGUGUGCCGAUAUACCGGACUUGUGCGGCGCCGGGGAGUGCCACAACACGAUUGGUAGCUUCGUGUGCAUGUGCCCGGACGGGUACAGCGUGAAGCCGGAGCAGGGCCCCGCGUGCACGGAUGACGACGAGUGCGAACUGGGCACCUGCGACUGCCAUCCUGCUGCUGACUGCAUCAACUUACCUGGGUCGUUCCAAUGCCGCUGCAGAGACGGCUGGCGCGGCGACGGCUCCGAGUGUGAGGACGUGGACGAAUGUCUGACCAAUAAUGGCGGGUGUCACCCGAGGGCGACCUGUAGGAACACUGAUGGAUCUUUCAUGUGUCUAUGCGACACAGGAUAUAAGGGAGACGGCUACUCGUGUGUUGACAUCGACGAAUGCGCCAACGAUCCUACUUUGUGUGAGAACGGCCACUGCAUCAACACGCCCGGCGGGUACGAGUGUGACUGUGAUGUAGGCUUCACCAAGUCUAACGAUGGACGCUCUUGUCUCGAUAUGGACGAGUGUGCGACGUUCCACAACGUGUGUGUGUUCGGUCGCUGCGUCAACACUUACGGCAUGUUCAAGUGUCUCUGCGACAAGGGUUACCAAUCUGACAGCGUUGAUGAUUUAAUGCCGGGCUUCAACUGCACGGACGUGGAUGAGUGCAAGUCGCCGCAGUCUUGCCAGUACGGGGAGUGCGUCAACACUCAGGGUUCCUACAUCUGCCGCUGUCCGCCCAACUACGAUCUGGUCUCUGAGGGCACUGCUUGCUAUGACUCCAGGAAAGCUCAAUGCUACGGCAAAGUGGAUUUGAGGUCGGGCACGGAGAGGUGUCGAGAUGGAGACGAGCUCUCUGAAGACGGUACAAUGGCUGCUUGCUGCUGUUCUGUUGGUGCUGCAUGGGGUAACUACUGCGAUCUUUGUCCCGAGCCUGGAUCUGAAGCAUACAGACAGCUCUGCCCUGGAGGACCUGGAUACCAACCUGUUUUGGAACCGCCAUCAUACGUAGUAACCCUGGCGGAUAUCGAUGAAUGCGCCCAACACCCAGCUCUCUGCGAACAUGGAACUUGCACAAAUACUUUCGGCUCCUUCGUUUGUACUUGUGGUGAUGGUUGGCAACUCACUGAAGAUGAACAACGAUGUGUGGACAUUGACGAAUGCGCUACUCCUAACAUAUGUGGCCCUGGUAUCUGCAGGAACAUGGCCGGGUCGUACGUCUGUUUAUGCCCUGAAGGAUAUGUGGCUAUGCCUAACAAUAAGGAAUGCGUGGAUGUACGGCAACGGCAAUGCUAUCUCGACUGGGACGAAGACAGAGAGCGUUGUUCCAACCCAAUUGGAGUUCCGCAAACCAAGCUGGUCUGCUGUUGUUCUGUUGGCAAAGCUUGGGGAGCUCCCUGUGACGCUUGUCCAGAACCAUCUUCUCAGGAACACAUGGCUCUGUGCGGAACUAAACCUGGAUUAUAUUAUAAUCCGGUCACAAAUGAGACGAAACCGAUCAAUGAGUGCGAUAUUAUGCCGCAGUUGUGCAAGCCGGGAAGAUGCCAUGACACGAUGAGUGGAUUUGAAUGUGGUUGCGACCGAGGCUACACCCACGACAAUACCUCCCAUCUUUGCCGUGACGUUGACGAGUGCGUGACGGGCUCAGCUCGUUGUCGCGGUCUGGCCCAAUGUGUCAACGUACCUGGAGCUUACGAGUGCCGUUGUCCUCCUGGAUACCGAUUGAGUCCAUCCCUGGAUGAGUGUGAAGAUAUCAAUGAAUGUGAUGACUCCAAACUAUGUGAACACGGGGAGUGCAGGAAUACCGUCGGAUCUUAUAAAUGCGAAUGCAAGCCAGGGUACACGCUCCGCGACAACGCUUGUCGAGACGUGGACGAGUGCGCCCGACCGCGCCCGAUGUGCCGCAACGGAACUUGUGAGAAUCUACCGGGGACUUACAUGUGCCACUGCGAUGAAGGAUUCAAGCCUGGAGCGAACAAUGAUUGUAUUGAUAUAAAUGAGUGUCGCGAAGGCGGAAUGGUUUGCCGCAACGGUCGCUGCCGCAACACAGUGGGAUCGUUCCGAUGUGAAUGCGCUCCUGGAUACGUGCUCACUGCGGAUGGAAGACACUGCAGAGACGUCGACGAGUGUACAGAGGAAUCUCAUCCUUGUGGAAGGGAGGGAUCUCCAUCUUGUACUAAUACUAUUGGAUCCUAUGACUGCUCCUGCGGCAAAGGCUGGCGACUGAUCAACAAGCACUGUGUGGACCGCGAUGAGUGCAAGGAGCUGCCGUACGUGUGCGCGGGCGGGGAGUGCCGAAACUUCGCCGGCGGAUACGUUUGUGACUGUCCAUCGGGUUGGCGAUUUGACAAGAACCUGGCGGUUUGUGUGGACGAGCGCAAGGAACUCUGCUACGACGAGUGGGAGUCCGGUCGCUGUCACAAGGCCAGGCCGCUGGACUUGGGACGCCCCGAAUGCUGUUGUUCAGAAGGUGCUGCGUGGGGCAGGUAUUGUGAGCGCUGCCCGUCUCCAGACUCUGCAGAGUUCCUCCGCAUCUGCCAAGGUGGAAUGGGAAGACCUAAUCUUACACAGGAUCUGGACGAAUGCACAGUCCGCCCCGAUGUCUGCAAGGGCGGUCGUUGCGUCAACACCGAUGGCUCCUUCCGCUGCGAAUGUCCUGACGGCUACGUCCUGGACGAGUCUGGUCUCGAAUGUGUUGACGCUGACGAGUGUGCCUCAGACCCCAGAAUUUGUGGCAAUGGAACGUGUUCCAACACUCCUGGAGGAUACGAUUGUACUUGCAACUUUGGAUUCACUGAGGGACCUGAUCAUACCUGUGUGGAUGUAGACGAAUGCGCAGAAGGCGCCCUCUGUUCCUUCCGUUGCCACAACACACCCGGUUCAUUCCGCUGCACUUGUCCUUACGGCUACUCCGUGGCUCCCGACGGUAUCCACUGCAAAGAUAUCGACGAGUGCGCCUCGGAAGAAAAUAAACCGUGUCGACAUGCUUGCGAGAAUGUGGUUGGAUCUUAUGUCUGCAAGUGUCCUGAAGGUUACAAACGAACGUCAGCCCCACACGAUGCCCCCGACGCGUGUGAAGACAUCGACGAAUGCGCUGAAGACAAACAUUUGUGCGAACCCGGAGUCUGUGUCAACACUGAUGGCGGCUACGAGUGUGACUGCGAUGAAGGAUACGAGCGCAGCGAUGAUGGCAUGGAUUGUAUUGACCGACGGACGGGAAUGUGCCACCGCAGCCUGGUGUCCGGGCGCUGCGUGCCGGAGCCUUGGCCGCGCUCCCACUCCUCCACCCCGGCCUCGCCCACACACGUCACCAAGGCUCAAUGUUGCUGUACUCUUGGAGUAGCAUGGGGACCAGAAUGUGAGAUCUGUCCAGCUCCAGGCACAACUGAAAGAAUGGAACUCUGCACUGCUAAAAACCUGGAUCUAGACCACGGCGGUGAGGGCGGUGGUGCUGGUAUGGGAGGAGGUGGCAUCGGAGGAGGAGGGGUCAUCGCAGGAGGCGGUACUGGAGGAGGCAUGGGCGGCUUCAAUGACAUUGACGAGUGCGCCGCUAUGCCUGAUCUUUGUGCACCUGGACGCUGCGUUAAUACUAUUGGCAGUUUCCGCUGCGUCUGCUCCCGCGGCUACAAAUCCUCCGGCGACGUCUGUGCAGACGUCGACGAGUGCGCGGCCAGGCCUUCGCCCUGCGAACAUCUCUGCAAGAACACCGAGGGCUCCUACGAGUGUCUCUGUCGAACUGGCUACGAGCUUGAUGAAGACGGCGCUGACUGCAGGGACGUUGAUGAGUGUGAACGCAACACGCAUACAUGCCAGCAGAUUUGCACCAAUACGAGAGGGUCUUAUGAGUGUUCCUGCGAGGAGGGGUAUGAGAAGAAGGGAGAUGCUUGUAUAGAUAUCGAUGAAUGCCAAGAGGAAGGCAUAUGCCCGACCCCUGGUAAAUGCGUCAACCUCCUCGGCUCUUACCGCUGUGUGUGUCCGAGAGGGUUCCGCCUAGAUUUGACCGGCACCAGGUGUAUGGACAGAGACGAGUGUGAAGAAGGAAAAUGUCAGUCACCGUGCAGGAACUAUGCUGGGAAAUAUAGAUGUGAAUGUCCCCAAGGAAUGGUCCGUGCAGCGAACGGGGUGUGCCAGCCGCAGGACGCGUGCGCGGGCGGCCCGUGCGGGGCGUCGCCGUGCUUCCCGCUCGGCGGCGCGUACCGCUGCGGCUGUCCCGGCGGCUACGGCUGGGACGCGGGACACGGCGUCUGCUUGCAGUUGGGUGGUGGCUGCGCCUCAGCAAGUUGUUUGUUCGGCUGUACGCCCAUGGGUGACGGCUACCAAUGCGGAUGUCCGACCGGGUACGCUCUAGUAGGAGCUGGCCACUGUCUCAGUGCCCUGGACGGCGCGUUACCUCCUGGAGACAUUGGAGACGCCCCGGUCUUCCCUGUCAGAGACCAGUACAAGAUCGGUGGAGACACUGACCUAGUUUCUAACGAAGGAUGCUUCAGUUGCAAGGUGAAUGGUAGAAGAAGAAGAGCUCCAGAAGAAGGUAUCGUGUACGCCAAUGGAACCACAAUCGUCAGAAGACAAAGGAGACGAAGCAGACGUCGUCGCUCCCUCCUAGAGCCAGAAGCCGAGUUGAUAGUAGUGACCGCGACACCGAGACAGACCUGGGGCAAGGUGCCGCUGCUGCGGUUGGUCCCGGCCGAGGGCGGGCCCCGGCCACACUACAGGAUCGCCUACGGAGACGACAACAAGGACUUCACGCUCUCGAAGAGAGACGGCACAUGGGCACUGAGGCUGAGGAGGCACCUCAAGUCACAGGCUGUCCUCGAAAAGCAACUGGAGCUGGAAGCGCGGUUUGUGCAGCCGCCAACUCUGAGGAGACGCAGAAGGAACGUUAACAUUGAGGUUCCCGCUCCUCUCCGGCUAUACGUCUCUGUGAAGAUCGCGCCCAAGAAACACUAGCCUUCGGAGUAGAACUAGCCGGUAGACCGAUUUAAAUCAUAACGUUAGAAAAGGACGAAGGAAGCGAGAGAAAUAUAACAUUCGAAUUUGAACUCUAAAGUACACGUAAGCAUAUUACUUCUGAUUUAAGCUACAACAGAUAAUUUUGUACUUUGUCAUAUUAUUUUCUGUAUUUUCUAAUAUUUGCCUCUGACCUUUUGUUUAAAAGAACCAUUUACGAAUGUGGUGAGAGAUUUGAAAUGUAUAGAUUAUUUUAGAGUAAAAUGAAAAGUUACUUUGAAAUGUUACUUCUAGAGUUCAGGACAAAGAAUUACACACUUCUUUCUGAUAACAUUGUACUUGUACAGUUUGUGAAUAGAGAUUUUUAACGAGACAAGUUUUCAAGUCUGAGUUCAAAGCCAGUGCCGUUCUGUUUCCUGUCGGAAUUGUUCGAUAAAAUAUAACGGAGAAUAUUUCUUCCUCGCGAUUAAGGACUCUAAUUAAAUCACUGCCAAAUCAAAUCAAUCAAACUUUAUACUGCCAUUGUGUUGUGAAAUGACAAUGCCUUAAUCGAAUGCCAUAAUUUUAUAUUAAAUUUAUAGGGAAGCCGAUGUGUGGAGUUCAGAAAGGCUAGUCGUACGUAGAUAAAUUGACGUGUCAAUAAGAUGAUAGACUGGUUCUGUUUAUUACGACUAAAUAUUUUGCUUCAGCGAAAUAAUUCUCGGUCUAUUUUAAUCGAAUUACAUUCCUAAUUUUAUUAUUUUAUAAUCGCCGUCGCAAAAUAUUUGUUCGUUCCCAUCGGAUCGUCCGAUUCUAAGACGAUCUCGUCGGCAGUAUUAAAUGUGUGGAAUGAUUGAAUGCAUAAUACGUAAUUAGUUAUCGAUAUGUCGAGGCGCGCGCGCGUCCCUAGACUUUACGUUAGGUUAAGAAAUAAAACCAGUUGAUUAAGUACAUUAUGUCGAUAUUUUUCAUUAUUUUUACAACACUAUUGCCAUCGAUAGCCAAUUUAGGUCUAGGAUUUAUAAGGAUACUAUUUAUUUUUACUAUUUUUCAAAUUAAUUUUUUAAUUUUACUUCUAAUUCUUAGCAUAAAUUGUGAAAUGACUAUACUUAUUGCCGCGGUAGGUAUAAUAAUAAUAAACUAAUAUUUUUUUUGGAAUUUAAGUACAAAACCAAUGCAAUAGUUGUUUUAUUUUGUAAAUAUGUGUAUACAUAAAAAUUAAUAUAAAUAUAUAGCUUUAGUAAUGAUUGUAGUUUAACUUACGUAACCACGAUGGAUUUAAUAAAGUGUUAAACAAA